AUGUCACGAGUUCAGCAAUACUGGCUGCCGGGGUACGGACUGUCUCGCCACAUCGUGCUAGGGCACAUUCAUUACUUCCUCGGUCCAUCUGCAUCAGUCAGACCGUAUAGCUACCAGCCUUUCAUUACUGUGGUAGGGACGCGAAGGUUACCUUGUCGUAGGGGUGCCGAUUACACGGGUCUGUUUGCAUCACAGGACAGCAGCGGCGACCACAACAAGCUGACGUACUCCACUGCAGGAACAAAUCGAAGAUCUCGCAGCCAUGUCUCGAGAAUAUGA